AUGGCUAAGACAUGUUACUUCCCAUUUUUGUUCCUUACAUAUUUUUUUUUGAGCUCAACCUUGUUGGCGGUGGCCAGAUCGGAUGAUAGAUAUGUUGAUAAUGAAUCAGCACCAGAAGUAUAUCAAAGGAGGGAUGAUAAUACAGCAGUGGUUCCCCAAGAGGACUCCCUUUUACAAAACAGUGAACCCGUGGUAACGUUAAACGAAAAAAUAGAAUUAUUGACCAAAACAUAUGCCUCAAAUCUAUCUAAGUAUGUAAGCUCCAUGAGAGAGUUAUUUCAUUUGUACAACUCCAUCAUUGACAUCAAGGAGGAUCUCAAUUACGGAUCAAUAACACUAGACAUGGAAUUUCCCGAUCGUAAGGGAAGUGAUGACUUUGCUAAUUUUAACAUCAUUUUCUCUGCACGAAAAAAAAAUGAGGUUAGCAAAAAAUAUGAAUAUGUAAAUGCAACACAUUCUGCUAGUUUCAAUUUGGAUGAAUUAUUAAGAGAAAACAAAGAUGUAAAUGGACUUGAUAAUGUAUCUUUUGGAACAAGAGUCGGCGAAGAUGUUAUUUCGGGUGAUUCUACCAAUGUUUGCAAAGCUAUUAAGGGCAGUGAACUCGACGCCACAAAACUUUUUAUCACGGUAAAUAAGGAAGGCGAAGACAAGUUUUCUGUUUCAAAUCUUGACGAUUUUGUGGGAGAAUGUUUGAAGGAUGCGCAGGAUGCUUUAGCGCAGAGAGACGCUUCAGAUAAGAAGAAAAAAAAAGAUGGAAAUUUGCAAAGUGUUUAUCCGGUUAGUGGAAGUGAGGCUAGUGGCAGCCAGGCUAACAGUAGCCAAAACAUAGUCCAGAAACCAAAGGAAAAUAGAAAGGCUUUAAUGGAUGAUUUCAAAGAGAGCUUGGUGUCGAAGAACAUGGCAAGGUGUAAAGCGUCUGCCAAACUGCUAAUGGCAAAUUCGACGGUAUCUAGUUUAAUGUACCUGUUCAUAGUAAUAGCACUAGGCAUCUGCUUGAUGUAG